GGACUGGACUGGACUGGACGACCUCAGCUGGUAGUCGCACUGGGACUCGAACCAGCCGUGACGUCGGAUCACCUGCGCGUCGCCGAUGUCUCCCCCUCGCUGCUCGCUGCUCGCUGUUACACCUCGCCCUCUGUCGUUGCCUCAGUGGCUGAGCUCGGUGGGCGUGGACGCCGUGCUGGGCCACGCCGCGACGCUGCCCUGCGACAUCGAGCCGGCCAGCCGCGAGGACCGCGUCUACAUGGUGCUGUGGUUCCGGCGUGGCGCCGGCAAGCCGCUCUACCGGUUCGACGUGCGCGGCCGCGCGCUGCCCAAGGCGCUGUACUGGUCGGACGCGGACGCCUUCGGCCCCAGGGCCUACUUCAGCACGGGCUCCCGCCCGGCGGGGCUGACCCUGGACGCCGUGCAGCCCGACGACGAGGGCGUGUACCGCUGCCGCGUCGACUUCCGCAACUCGCCCACGCGCAACUACCAGGUCAACCUCACCGUCAUAGUGCCGCCGCGCGAGAUGCUGGUGUACGCCGUCCCCGGAGAGCCAAUCACGUCGCAGGUGGUGGGCCCGCUGACCGAGGGCACAGAGCUCACCCUCACCUGCGAGGUCAGGGGAGGCAAGCCGCAGCCCACGGUGUCGUGGUUCGUGGGCGACAAGCUGGCGGGGGCGGCGGCGGCGGCGCCCGGGGGCGGCGAGGUGACGCUGCGGCGGCUGGAGGUGGGCCGGGUGCGGCGCCAGCAGCUCAACACCACCUUCAAGUGCCAGGCCAGCAACAGCAAGCUGGUGCUGCCCGCGGAGCGCACACUGCGGCUCGAGCUGUACCUGAAGCCGGUGGCGGUGCGGAUGGCGGACAAGCCGCGGCUGCUGACGGCGGGCCGCCAGACGGAGCUGUCCUGCCAGGCGCUGGGGUCGCGGCCGCCCGCGGUGCUCACCUGGUGGAGGGACGGCGACCAGCUACCGCCCGACGAGGCGCGGACUGUGGCCAACGAGACGGCGGUGGAGAGCCGGCUGGUGUUCUCGCCGCGCCCCGAGCACGACGGCCAGGUGCUGCGCUGCCGGGCCGAGAACCCCAGCCUGCCCGGCUCCGGCCUCGAGGACUCGCUCGCUCUCUGCGUCGUCUACCCGCCCCAGGUGUCGCUGCAGCUGGGCAACACCCUCAACCCCGACGAGAUCAAGGAGGGCGACGACGUGUACUUCGAGUGCGACAUCAGGGCGAACCCGCGCGAGCACAAGAUCGUCUGGCUGCACGACGGCGCGGCGGUCACCCAGAACGUGUCCUCGGGCGUGAUCCUCAGCACGCGCAGCCUGGUGCUGCAGGGCGUGGCGCGCCAGCACGGCGGCCUCUACACCUGCGCCGCGGCCAACACGCACGGCGAGACGGCCUCGCGGCCCGUGGCGCUGCGGGUGCGCUUCGCGCCCGUGUGCCGCGGGGAGGGCGAGGCGGUGGUGGGAGCCUCGCCGGGCGAGACGGUGCGCCUGCGCUGCGACGUGGCCGCAGACCCGGAGGACGCGCGCUUCGAGUGGCAGUUCAGCAACAGCGGCGAGGGCUCGGGGGCGUUCCACACGCGCGAGCCGGCCGCCGGGGCGGGCGCCGAGCUGCAGCACGCGCUCACCUCGGACCGCGACUACGGCACGCUGGCGUGCUGGGGCCGCAACUCCGUGGGGCGCCAGGCCGAGCCCUGCGUCUUCCACGUGGUGCCCGCAGUGAACCCCAGCCCGCUGCGCAACUGCACCCUGCGCGCCGCCAGCGGCAACCACUCGGCCGACGACCACCUGGAGGUGGACUGCGUGGCGGGCUACGACGGCGGCCUGCCGCAGAGCUUCGUGCUCGAGGCCUACGACCCGGUCACCAUGAGCCUGCGCCUCAACCUCUCGGCGAGCGGCCAGCCCUCGUUCCUGCUGCAGCCCGCCGACCUGCUGCCCGCCGACUCGCCCACGCUGCGGCUGCUGCUGUACGCCGCCAACCAGAAGGGCCGCAGCGAGGCCUUCGUGCUCGAGGACGUGGCGCUGGGCGACGCGGAGCGGCGCACAGGGCCCUUGUCGGGGGCGGGCGAGGACUUCCCGCUGGCGGCGCUGCUGGCGGGGGCGGCGCUGGCUGCGGCGGCGAGCGCGCUGCUGGCGGCGGCGCUGGCGGAGGCGGCGCCCCUCGACGCGGCGCCCGGCAAGCAGCGGGAGCCGCCGGGGGCCGCGACCACCGUCAGCGUGAGCCACGGCGACCAGCGCUACGUCAUGUCGUACAUGGUGAAGCCGGCGCCCGAGGACGACUGCAAGCCGGACAUCCUCAACCCGUCCACAGGUUCCGACGGCCUGGCCUCGGAGCGCGUCGCCCGAGCCGGCAGCCCCAAGCCCGGGUCCCCGGACUCCAGACGGGACGCGGCCGAGACGGACAGCUGGCAGUCCCCGGCGCCGGCCCCUCAGCGCCCGGCGGAGGACGGCCCAGCAGACUGCCUGCCGCAGAGGCCCGGCGCCCCCAACGGCGGCCUACACUUCAACGCCAGCGUGAUCCCGGGCCCGGAGAGCUGCGUAUGAGGCCGCGGGUCGCGCGCUGCGGUCCGCCGACGCCGCAGCUCAUCGGAAGAAGAAAAAAGCCCUUGUUCGCGUUUCAUUUCGCUGUCUUCAUUUGUCUUUUGCUUCGGGAAGAAACUGGUGGUGGAUGAUUUCACGAGGGGUCAUCUCCAGGGGUAGACUGGCCUGAGUAAAAAAAAAUAAUAAUAAUAAUAAUGUGGACACGUUCAAACUGGACGCCAAAUCGAGCAAAGCCUCUGGGGGUGUAUCGUUUGCACUCCCACGGACGUGUCGUUUUUUUGUCUCCCGAGAGUUCACGGGCUGAUGGUCUUCAAGUGAGGACACGUGUAUUACUGUGGGUCGGUCCACCCCUGGUCGUGUCAGGUCUCGUGGCAGCGGCAAGGUUCCAGACACGCAUCUCUGAUGAUGUUUGUGGGAAAAAAAAUUCCAAUGUUACGGUUUAAGCAACCGUGCGUUUAUGAAAUGUUUGUUGAAACUAUGUGUGUUGAAUCAACGAAAUAUUUUUUGGCCUUUCUCGCUGGUGGAUUAUUUUCUCAGUAUUUGCUGUGUUUGCACGAUUGGCUUAGUUGUGUACUUCACUUGAUUCCGUGCCGCAGUAAAAUUUUUUGAGAAAUAUUUUUUUUUGGGAGGGUCCCCUAAUACCCCUUUCUUACUUUCUACCCCCUUAUAAUUUUCAGCUGUAUAAAUUCUAGUUGUACGAAUUCUUCAGUCUAUUAGGAAAACUCACAACUUCCCCUUUGCAAGCGGCUCUUCUUUUAUCAGUUUAGCCACAUUCUAAAUGUGCCAACCUUGUUUAAAUUCAGCAUGUAGACUUGUCUUUAUAAAUUUGAGUCUGAUAUGUCAAGGUUUUGGGAAUGUUUAGAACACAAACGAACUCUUUUUUUUCUUCAAACCCAUGGACUUAAAGUCUAUGGCACAAUUGGUGGUUGGUGUUGCUGUUAGCAGUUAGUGUUGGUUAAACGUGAAGUCUAGAAAAACUUAUGGAGGAAGUCUGAUGAUAGCUGAUGGAUGAUGGUCGAUGGUUGGAUCCAAAGUUUUGGUUUUGGCGCAAGUGAAAUAUAUUUCAAUUGUAUUAUCAACCACGCCAACCAAAUGUGUAUUGUCCAAUUAUAAAGUUUGAGUUACCUAACAAAAAAACAUUGUAUGGGUUUUCCAGCCAUAUUUUUAAAUAGGUUAUGUUUUCAGUUAAACAUGUAACUCAACGAAAUACUAAUCUAUGUUUUAAAAAUUCAAUGUUUUGUUGCUUAUUUUCAUUGCAUUCAUUAAAAAUAUUAUGUUUACGAACAUAACCAGAACAUUCAUUUAAUGUUUUCCAACACAAAAAUCUAAUUUUUCCUUGACACGCUUCACACACCAACUAAAAUUUGCCAGCACCAUCCAUCUGUGUGAUAGGGUUUAAAGUGAUGUUCUAACAAUACAGUACAUGAUCAUGCACAUCAGAGCAUCUUCAUGAACUCCAGACAAUUUCAAUGCCUUUUCAGUCUGGCACUAAAUGCUUCCAGUUAUAAACUAAAAUUUUAUAUGAGCAAGUAAUCUACCUACUGUUUCUUUUGUAUAUUUGCGGAAUUAAUUAUUACGCAAGCAUCUUAUAGCAUUCCUAACUUAGCCUCCUUCUUAGAAUUAAAUACACUCAUUGCUACACCCCUGUUACCGAUAGCUACAAUUCUCUUUAAAGUACUCAAGUGGGUAUUUUAAAAUUAUGGCGGUUUUGUUUACAUGUUUAACGAAUGUCAGGUAUUGAAGUAAUAGAGGUUGUCCAUACAGCACAUAUUUCUUUGAAAAAAAAUUUUUUUUUUCAUUUUCCCUAAAUUAUGUUAAAAUAAAUAAAUUGGCCUAUUAACAGUUUGUGUUCUAUUUUAACUAUACACAUUAAAGAACUAUAUUAAUGGUCGUUCACCCUAUAUUACACAUGUAUGAUUGAUGGUAGCCUACAUAGCAGUAACUUUAUAAUUUUUUUCUCACUUGCAGAGGCAAUGUAGGUACUGGUGCAUCAUAAAAUAUUUCAUGCUAUUUUUAAUUUACAAAAGUGAUAAUAUUAAUAGCUUCGGGGCCCUUCCAUCAUUCCUCGCCAUUUUUUUCUCUUCCUCCAUAUUAAUCAUUUCUGAAACUGACAGACAUUUUUCGAUGAAGAGAGUUUAUCGAAUGAAUAUUCAUAUAGGGUGUCUAUCUGUUGAAGAAGGAUUCAGGAUAAUUCAAGAUGGUUUGAUCUCUUUUUACUUUCAGUAGACCAAAGAUUUUUCCAAAGAGGUGUGUUUAUAUGUGGCAAUUUUUCGCAUAGUGCUCUGAUUAUAUAAUAUAUGUUUUUGUACAGCAGUGUUUUUGUUUUGUUUGGAAAACCUAUUUAUUGCUUCAGGUCGCCAAAGAGACUUGGGAAGACCUCAUUCAAGAAUUUGGAAGAUUCAAAAUCUGUAAGAAUCCCCAUGCUAAAAUUGUGCAAGGUUGUUUUUCUUCUGUCGAACACUGCUCAAGAGAUGUUGUGCAUUGUAAACCUCAAUUUGCUUUGAAAUGUUUGUAAUGGCCACAACUUAACAAACCAAAUCAAACACACAUUUUGGCUUGCCAAAUGCUUCCUUCCAAUUUUAAGAAUGGCAAACCUGUAACAUCGCACUUGCUAAUUUUUCGGGAAAUAACCGGAAAAAAAAUUUGAUUGAUACCUGCCAUAUUGGUAGAUUUAAGACUAAAUAAAAGUUUGUAUGUGUGUCAAUGUGUUCAAAUUGUGUGAAAAUAAAAAUAAAAGCCGAAUAUAA